AUGCCUGAUAGCCCACUUUCUAUCGUUGCAAGUGUCACCGGCAUCCUGACAUUUGUCGUCGCUAUCAUACUCGGCCUCUACGCUCGUGCACAGGCAAUGAAUACAUUGAGAAAAAGCGAAGAUGAUAUUUUAAACGCACUUAGAGAGGCCUUUGAAUUCCUCUGUGAAACUGCAAUGCUCGAAGACCACGAGAUAGCAUCACGAAAUUUGGGAACAGGCCAGCAUGCCAUCACAGGAGCGGUUCGUUCGAUAAUCGUGGAGAUGUACUCUUUGGGUUGUCGUACUACACGUACUUUAUUAAAGCUGCUGGAUCAAUCUCGCGUACGACGAAUGUCUGAGUGGACUAGGGAGCGGGAGGAUAUUCUUCGGCACUCUCGCAGAAUGGAAGUUCUGCGAUUCAAGAUGUUUUAUUCUCAGAUUCUCAUGCUGUCGACAAAGAUUGAUUCGGUUGAGGAGGAACUAAAAGACGGAAUUGGGAAAUUACUACACAACCAACAGCCCAGAGUUACUCCUACAUCAACGUCACCUCUAGAUAACUCGGAGAUGAUAUCGCACCAAAGUAUGGAAGUCAAUCAGUUCCCUGUGCGUACCCUGUUCGAUAGUGCCUAUAAUGCACUAUCAUCUGAAGAGGUUCAAUACUAUGAAAAGAGACUACAAUUACCGUCAAAAUCAAUGUGUCGACUUCGAGAAAUUCUCCAGCUCUCUAGUCAAAUAGCAGACCAACAUAGGAAGUCAAGAUGGACGUUGGUAUUGCGUGAUGGAAGAAGAGUAGUAGUGUCGGAACUGCUGACUCGGUGGCUCGGUUAGUGUAAUGUACAGCGGGCGUACAGUGGGUACAGGCGGGGGUCCUGUGAACACGUGAUAGGGAAUAUAGUAAUAUAUUACCGUUUUAAC